CCUUAUGGCUAAGAUCAAAGUGUAGUAUCUGUUCUUAUCAGCUUAACAUCUGAUAGUUCCUCCAUUGGAGGACAACAAAUGUUAAACUGAUUUUUGGAAUCAGACGGAGUGCUAGGAGCUUGCUCCACCUCUGUCGCGGGUUGGCCCGGUAUUGCAGUACCGCCGGGAUUUCGGCCCAACUGAAUAAUAAAUAUUAGCUAUAGAAAAUAGUAUUCACUGACUUAUUUGUUUAAGUCAUUAGUUGUUUCGGAAAGUUGUCAGUCCCUAUCAAAAUUAUGUCGUGUGAAUAAGAAUAAGCCAGAUUAUUUCAUUCUCCACCAUGUCUGCGCCGUCUUCCUCUGCAAGGGUUGCUCCUCCAACCGAUGGGAAAACCCGUAGUCAAAAACGCCAGGAGAAGCGGAAGCAGCGCCUCCAGGAAAUGCAGAGUCUGCUGUACACCAAGCACUUCUCCAACUGCCGACUGCCCGUGUCGGUGGCCUCGAAUUCCGAGGAGCAUCUUCUCCAGCUGAAGCGAUUUGGCUCUCUAACGGAGCCGCCCAGCAGCCGAAGGAGUCCGCUCUUUGUGAUCCCCUCCAGCGAUUCGCCGUGGGCACGGCUCCGCCUGGUGGCCUGUCCAUGCCAGGGAUGCCGCUGCUCUCUAGAGCCCAGCGCAUUGUUGGGUCACUACUUAAGCGACCAUCUGCCCGGAAUGGGGUUCUUCGAACUCGAGAUGGGCAAGAAGGUAUCGCUAACCUGCCACAUCAGCGGCUUGGAAAGUGAGGUCAACACGCUGCUGGGCGUCUAUGGUUAUAGACGCACAGGCCUUAAUCCCCUUAAAUGCCAUCGGAACACUCAUUUGCCGGCGCAGUACCGUCACCUUUCCCAGCACAGUGCACUCAUGGUCUUCGCCUGCCGCACCACACACUCGGUGCUGUGGGAAAGAAAGAGAAUCAAGCAGGAGGUCCUGGCCAUUUGGGUGACAACACCUUUGCAGGGGGUGGCCAUCAGCCUGCGCCUGCUGGUUCAGCCGGCCAAAUCCGUGCGUUACUACUCCAAGCAGAUCAAGGCUCGACCCAUCCUGCCGUGGACGGCGAACCAGAAGUGCAGCGAGUUCAUCAAAACCGACAGCAACGUCAUAAUCAUCAGCUUUGAUGAUCUCAGACCUCUAUUGGAUAUGGAUGUUUGGCAGCAGAUGCUAACCGUCGAACUGAAGGUGGUCAGUGAAAAUAGAAUCUAAU